AUGUCUCUCAUAUAUAUCAUAUUUAUUUUCAUACUGAGUAAUGCUUCGUCAAACAUAAUCUUGUCAGACUAUGAACAAUGUAAUGCACCAUUAGGUAUGGAGUCAGGCUCAAUUUCAGAUAGUGAUUUGACCUCUAGUUCAACGCACGAUAUGAGCAGUGUUGGCCCUCAAAUGGCAAGGAUACGCAUUGAAUUAGAAGGAGGAGCUUGGUGUCCAGAUAAACCUAUUGGACCGAAAUCGUAUGAAUAUAUCCAAAUUGAAUUACAUAAACUCUAUUUUAUCAAUGCUAUUGAAACUCAAGGUCGCUUUGACAAUGGCCAAGGAAAUGAAUUUGCUGAGUAUUAUCAAGUUCAAUAUCAACGAGAGAACAAUUCAUCUCAUUGGAUCAAUUAUUACGAGAAAAAAACUAAUAAAACUAUUCUCAAAGGGAACAUGAAUACUUAUUCUGCUGAAAAACAUUUUCUGUCUCCUGCAAUCAUAGCCGCACGAAUUCGAAUUAUCCCGUUCAGCGCGCGUUGGCGCACUAUAUGUAUGCGAGUUGAACUUUACGGAUGUCCCUUUCCGGAUGGUGUUAUAUCAUAUACAACUUCACCAAGUAUUGACAAAGAUCAUGUUUAUGAUGGUGGAUUAGGAAAACUAACGGAUGGAAUUAUCGGUAGCGAUGAGAGUGCAUGGCUUGCAUGGAAUAAAUCACCUGCGAAAAUCGACUUUUAUUUCGAUACGUAUCGUCAGUUCUCAAUCAUUCGAAUCUAUUCGAUGAAUAAUAAAUAUCGUUCGAUUGAAAUUAAAUUCGAUGAUAAUCCACCAAUUGUACAUAAAGCGACACCGAUUGCUACAUCAAUAUCCACGAUUUUUCUCGAUACAAUCAACCUUGAUAACUAUGCAACGAUGACCAUUGGUAAACAUGUUGAGGUUCUGGUAGAAUUCGAUAAUGAAUUUCUAUUUUUGACCGAAAUUAAAUUUGAUAAUCAACCGACAACGAUGGCGGAAAUGCAUACAAUAACAACAACUUGUGAAACACCAUGUCUGGUAUCUUAUAAUAAUCUCACGUUGAUAACCUCAUCACCAGCGGUAUCCCUCCACACAUUAGAAUGGUUAACAAUGGCGAUUAUUUUGAUUUUAUCACUAUGUUUCAUACUCCUUAUUAUUUUAUUGAUACUUCGCAUUCGUCAUCGUUGUCUACGUAAAAAGAACAAUCUUUACUAUAAAUGUUCUCAGUUAAUUAACUCUACAAAUGGUUCAGCAGUUGAAAAAGAUCCGAAUCAGAAUACAAGAAAGAAUCCUUAUGAUGAUUUAUCACCUGUCGAGUCCUACCUUUAUCCAAUAACGUCGACAUCAUCUUUAAUAAAUCCGAGUUCGCCAUCCUCCCUCUUCAAAAACGAGCAAUAUGCGAUCAUUGAUGGAAAUGCCUACACACAUCUUCCGACGAAUAACACAUUUCAUUACGCAUCACUGGACAUCGGUCAAGUUCCUUCGAAAUUAGUCACGCUCUUUGAUUGUAUUGCACUACGAGAAAGCAUUCCAUCGAAAGUUCCAGAUACACUUCCACCGUUUAUUGACGAAUCGAAACUGUACACUCUAUGCAAAAUAUCCGAAUCAAAAUAUGGAGAGAUUAUACUCGGUAAAUACGCGUCGCGACCUGUUUUGAUUAAAAUAGUAAAAAAGAAUUUUCUCGAUUCAAUCAGACAAAAGUUUCUAUCGGAACUGAAGAUUCUUGCUCGUUUGAACCAUCAUAAUCUCGCUUGUAUAUGUGCUGUACAACUGGAUUUACUUUGUCUAGUUCAGGAACAUUCAGAUUUUGGAACCUUGCAGAACUACUUUCGUACUCAAGUCAAUGAUACAACGUUUCAAAAAAAAAAUAUUUAUUUUUCUCAUCAAUUAUCCAAUGCAUUGGAAUAUCUCUCUGAUCUAAACAUCAUUCAUAACGAUGUCGCUGCAAGAAACUGUUUAUUUUACCCUGAUUAUUCAAUAAAAUUAACUGAUUGUGCAAUUGCUCUACCACAAUACGAGAAGGAAUAUUGGAUAUGUACAAAUGGUGAUAAACUUCCCUUGAGAUGGAUCGCACCGGAAGCAUUAACUAACAACACAACUAUAAAAUCUGAUAUUUAUUCCUUUGCUGUUACUCUAUGGGAAUUCUGGUGUCGAUGUUCCACUCUACCGCAUGCAUCGUUAACCAACGAAGAUCUCUAUCAAUAUUUAGUCAUGCGUCAGUCCUCGUACAAGAUUGAAAAUCCGAAUGUCUCAAUGUUUCGUUUGUCUCAACCACCGGAAUGUCCCAAGGAGAUCUAUGAUCUCCUAUGUGAAUGUUGGCACAUCGAUGGAAAUAAACGUCCACAUAUAUCGGACAUCGCCCUCUAUUUUCGACGUCAAAUCAAUGUUUCCUAG